AUGGCUCCACCGGUAGCGGCUCCGGUACGGUACGCAGCCCCUCUGCCGGUGGCGAGAGCCGCCCCCGUUCUAGCGCAAACGGUACAUCAGCCAGCAGCUGUGGUACAUCGUGCGGCUGUGCCGGCGCCCGCACCAUACGCGCUCCCGCCGACUCGAGCUGCGGUUGCGCCGCCGUACGGACCUGCUGCUGCCCACGCAACAGCCGCGCCAGUACCAGCAGUUGCACCUGCCCCGGCAUUCGCUGCGCCAGCAUACGCUGCACCAGCCGUUCCUGCCCCGGCUUACGCUGCCCCAGCUUACGCUGCCCCAGCUUACGCAGCCCCAGCUUAUGCUGCCCCGUCCUAUGCGGCGCCAGCAGUUGCGGCUGCACCGGCUUACGCCCCGGCCCCCGCGUAUGCGGCGGCAGCGCCACUGGCUUACGCCAGUGCCCCUUACGUGAAUUAUUAUUAA